AAUAUGUUUCCUUUCUUGCUUAACUUAUUCCGUUCUUUAUCAUUUACCAACGCAUCGAAACGAACGUGUUUUUCAUUUUGAGCGUAUACCACGUUUCGUGUCGUAAGACUUAAAGCAUGCGUUACGUGGCCGCUUAUCUUUUAGCUUCUCUAGGCAAACCUUCUCCUACCCAGUAUGAUAUCGAAAAAAUUUUAUCGUCUGUUGGAAUUGAAGCAGAUGAAGAAAAAAUUAAUAAAGUUGUUUCAGAACUAAAUGGAAAAUCAGUUGAUGAAUAUAUUGCACUAGGACGUACAAGAUUAUUAUCUAUGCCAAUUGGUGGUGCUGCAGCUGCUACUGUGGCUGUAGCACCAGUGGGAGGUACUACUGCUCCAGCUGAAGAAAAGAAAGAGGAGAAGAAACCAGCAAAAGAAGAAUCUGAAUCAGAAGAUGAGGACAUGGGCUUUGGUCUCUUUGAUUAAAACAAUUACAAUACCUGUAUAAUUACAUUUUGUAAACCAUAUGUAUU